AUGUACUACAUUCUGCAGCGGACCCACCAAGCCGAAAUUUCUCACGGCAUCGUGGACCACAAUCUCAUGUCCGCCAUUAGUUCCGGUCAAUCAAGCUCUUAUGCUCACGUCAUGACCGUGGGAUUUGAGCUUCAGGGAAUAAUCCGCGACAUUCCGUUUCUUCCAACUAGAUAA